GUUUCAGUGAGGGAAGAAAAGGCGGCGGGGGCAGUUGCUUCUCCUCCUGAGCUGGCCGAGUUGCAGCGCCGGAUCGCGCCUGGGAAGGGAGCCACCACCAUGUUAGAACAGAAGACGCUGCUCUCUUUUUUUACAGCGGCACCCAGCAAGAAGCGAACCCGCUUGCCAGAACCGGGCAGAAACCUCGAGGCCGCCGCCUCCCCCAAGAAACUGAAGACUGACGCCCAGUCCCCGCGAUCUCCUCCUCUAAGCCCGGAGCAGCUCGAGCGGAUUCGCAGGAACAAAGAAGCGGCCCUGGAGAGGCUCGCCGCUCGCACCAGAAGCCUCAUCCCCGCCGAGAUCGGGCGGAGCUGGAGGAUCGCUUUGUCUGGGGAGUUUUCCAAACCCUAUUUCGCCCAGCUAAUGGCCUUUGUUGCUGAGGAACGGAAGCAUUACACAGUGUACCCACCCCCUCAUCAAGUCUUCACCUGGACCCAGAUGUGUGAUAUCCAUCACGUAAAAGUGGUCAUCCUGGGCCAAGACCCGUAUCAUGGCCCCAGCCAGGCACAUGGACUCUGCUUCAGUGUCCAGAAACCAGUUCUACCUCCACCCAGCCUGGAGAAUAUUUACCAAGAACUUGCUUCAGAUAUAGAAGACUUUUCUCAUCCUGGCCAUGGAGAUUUGACUGGAUGGGCCAAACAGGGUGACUGGGAGUUCUGCUUUGCCUCUUUGGGAGUGCUCUUGCUCAACGCUGUUCUCACAGUCCGAGCGCACCAAGCCAGUUCCCACAAGGAGAGGGGCUGGGAGGAGUUCACUGACGCUGUGGUGUCCUGGCUAAAUAAAAACUUGGAUGGCCUGGUCUUCAUGCUCUGGGGAGCCUAUGCUCAGAAGAAAGGCAGUUCCAUCAACAGGAAACGUCAUCAUGUCCUGCAGACAGUCCACCCGUCACCCUUCUCUGUGGACCGGGGUUUCUUUGGCUGCAAGCAUUUCUCCAGAACGAAUGGAUUGCUAGCAAAAUCUGGGAAGAAGCCCAUUGACUGGCAAGCCCUCUGACAAACUGGUGUGCUCUUGAGGCUGGUACAACCUUAAAGAUCAUGUGUUUUGAGAGUACAUCUUAAGAGUACAGCUGCUUCUUGAGAAUUAUUCUUUGGAUUCAUUUUCAUUGAAUGGGCCCAAUCAAAAUGGAAGCACCUUUUCAUUCUGAGGAAAGCAUAGAGGCUGCUUUUCAUUUUGGCCCCUGCUGAGGAAUUAGUUCCCUGGUUAUGACAUCUACGUUGGUGUCCUGUUUAGUCUUUCAAGCCUGUAGUAAAUACCCAAUUUGACUGAGUAAAGUAAAGUUGUGCCAUCGAGUCGGUGUCAACCCUUGGUGACCACCGAGCCAUGUGGCUUUCUUACCUUCUUGCAAAUGAUGGGGGUGUAGUGACAUUCUGCUAACUGAGUGGCCACAGGCUAAAGAUGACCUGCUCUCCUAGAGCUAGCUUGGAGCCAGCAAGUGUCUGGUCUCUUUAAGUAGCCACCAUGAGGUUGGUGAUCAGUGGCCAAACAAGAUUCUACAAAAUCAUCUAUGCCAUGAGUUCUGUUAAGCCACUAAUGGUAAUUCAUGAGUGUUAUCAACUUCUAUUCAUUAGAAGAAAGUUUGUUUUACUGGUGUUUUUUUCUUGUAUGCUGUUUGCAUAACAAAAUCAUCUCAACAGGUAUAUUUUAAAUACCAAAUGAAGCCCUUUUUUUACUGUAUAUUUGUAAUUUUUAUAUACCGUAUCUUGUGGCAGAAAAGCCUCACUAAAGAAAAAAGGCUGACUUUAAAAAAAAAAAAAAAAGCAGAAACGCCGCAGCCAAAUGGAACAUCAUGAGCGUUGGUGAUAUCAGUACAGGGACUCAAAUCCUUAUGUAUGGUUUCUUAUAGUAAGCCCAGAGAUUACUAUGAAUCUGGGUUCCACAGGAGGAGUAGGGAAAACCUGCACGUGAGUACCGUAUCAGUGUCACAGGUGUCGAAAAUUAACCUUUAAACACUUAUGCACCGCGGUGUUUCUGCCAAAAAUUGUGGUAUAUGAUUGCUGUGCUUUUUCCAAAUAAAACAUGUUUUUUAUAUAUAGCAA